UCUCUUCGCCAAGCCAAAGGCCCGAGCUUUGCUUUCCUCGUCCCGGUUGUCAUCUCUCGAAGACUUUGACACAAAAAUACACAAAAAGUGAAUUCCUCUAUUUUCUUCUCUCCUUUGCUCUAAAUAUAGUCAUUUUCUGCAACUCUCUAAAAUCAAAGAAGGAGAUACAAUGGCAGUGCAGAUUUUUUCAUUUUCACCUUCCUUGUCGUCGUCGCUCUCAUUAUCGUCAAGUGUAUCAUCAUCGGCAUUGGCCACAACUUCUACUUAUAGGUUUCUUAUGAAUCCCAUUGAUCGGCAUGCUUUCGAUGGAGUUUGCAUUUGUGCCCCCACUGUGACCAACAAAAGGGCCGGAAUUAUUGCCUAUGUGUCUUUGGAAGUUGCUGAUGGUGGUGGGUCCCAGUCAGAAAGUGAUGACCAAGUGGAUCUGGCAUUUGACAAAAUUCCAGCGGAUCCAAAGCUCCAGCGGAAGCUGGAGCACAAGAUGAAAAUGAAACUGUCGAAGAAGAUUAGGCUUCGAAGCAAGAAGCUACAAAGGAAACGGAGGAUGAGGAAGAGAGGCCGCCGGCCUCCUUCGAGAUGAAGAAGUGAAGCAAUAUCUGACUUUUGAGCUUCAAUUUAUCUUCGCAAUCUUGCAGAUUGCUGUACUGGAGCAGCAAAUGGAAGCCAUCUGACUAGCAAGAUCUUGGGUUGGUGGAACUCUCUGGGAAGUCAAACAUUGCAUCUCUGCCUUCAAGGUUGGUUGGCUUGGGCAGGAGUGGAAAAAUAAAGUUAUGGGCAAGAUUCAGGAGUAAAUUAGGACGGUAAACUGGUAAUAUUGUAGAUUUUGUUUAUAUGAGAGUUUUUUAGCAAUACUUAUAAAAAAAAAUGAGAGUUUUUUAGCAAUCACAUAAAUACUGCUGCAGUAAUUUGAUACUGAAACCAGGAUGAACCCUGCCUUGAAUUAACCAAAGCCCCCCCUCCCACGGAUUUCUCCCUCUCUCCCUGAAAUAUCUUCCUGCUUGUUUGGUCAUGUGAAAAGCAUGAAUCUAAACUUAUAGAUGUGGAUCACUUACACCUUGACCCUACUUGUAAUGAAGUUAACAUGGUAUUGAUAGGUGAACUUUCAGGUUAGGUUUCGGGUAUUCUUUCCAUGGCCUCAGAGAAUUAGACCCUGGCAUCCCCACCUCCCACACCCUUUACCUUGGGUUUCCAGAUGUUGGGAAGAAAUUGUGUAGCAGACAGUUAAUAGUACUUGUAAGGGGAAAUAUUUAUGUUAACAGCAGCAGUGCAUGCCAUUUGGCAUGGAAAGAACAAUGGGAUAUUUUAGACUAUCACUAGAAACACAAGUAUUGUUUGCAGUACUUUGAGGCCUGUGUUGAGUUAGGGUCAAGAUUAAUUGAUCGUGAUAGGAACUAAGGUGGGCCUACUCUUAAAGAUCCUUUGCAAGUUCCAGAUGGGCCAAUUACAAGA